AUGACGCUGUGGGACGGGGUGCUACCUUUCUACCCCCAGGCUCCCCGCGCCGCGGGCUUCAGCGUCCCGCUGCUCAUCGUCCUUGUGGUGUUCUUGGCCUUGGCCUCCAGCUUCCUGCUCAUCUUGCCCGGGAUUCGUGGCCAUUCGCGCUGGUUCUGGUUGGUGAGAGUUCUUCUCAGUCUGUUUAUAGGUGCAGAAAUUGUGGCUGUGCACUUCAGCGCAGAAUGGUCGGUGGGCAGAGUUGAUACCAAUACUUCCUACAAAGCCUUCAGCACUGAGCAGGUCCGAGCGCAUGUCGGUCUGCACGUGGGCCUGGAGAGUAUCAACAUAACACUCACAGGGACCCCAGUGCGGCAGAUGAACGAAACCAUUGACUACAACGAGCAGUUCCAUUGGCGUUUCGGGGAGGACUAUGAGGAGGAGUACGCCCGGGCGUUGGCGAAGGGGCUGCCAGAUCCCGUGCUCUACUUGGCGGAGAAGUUCACCCCGAGCAGCCCGUGUGGGCUGUACAGCCAGUACCGCCUGGCGGGCCACUACGCUUCAGCCACGCUGUGGGUGGCGUUCUGUUUCUGGCUGCUCUCCAACGCGCUGUUCUCCAUGCCCGUCCCGCUCUACGGCGGCCUGGCGCUGCUUGUCACCGGCGCCUUCGUGCUCUUCUCCGUCUUCGCCUUCGCCUCCAUCUCCAGCGUGCCCCUCUGCCCCUUCCGCUUUGGCUCCUCGGCCCUCACCACGCACUACGGGGCCGCCUUUUGGAUCACGCUGGCCACCGGCAUCCUGUGUCUCCUCCUGGGCGUCGCUGUGGCGAGUCUCCACUACAUUCGACCGGGCGCUCUUCGCAUCUUCUUGGACCAAAGCUUCAAGGACUGUGGCGACCAUACGAGAAGCGGCUUAUCCCUUGUCCUCAAUAACCCGCUUCACAAACCGUUAGAGCCGGUGGUCAUGACCAGUACUAACUUGUGA